AUGAAAUUGGAUGUCGCAACAGCCACUGAACACGCCCUCAUCAAUUUCUGCCAUGAGAAAGGAGAAGAAGGUGCAUUAGUCGCCGAUAUCAUCGGUGCAAUAAUCGUCAAAGUCACUGAUACCAUCGGUGCAAUAAUCGUCAAAGUCACUGAUACCAUCGUCGCAAAAUGGGGAUGGACAGUGACUCCAGCUGGAGCAGCCAUGCAAGAAGUUGCGUACACGAGCUUGCUAGACUAUGAUGUUGUUCGCGUGCCUAGGGUUUUUCGGUUUGUGCAAGAUGAGGAAGGGAGGGGGUAUUUGUUUAUGGAGUACGUCCCGGGCCAGAAUUUGGCAGAUCUAGAUGUCAAGGAACACAAUAUUGUAUCACACGUUGCAAAAAUUAUCGAGUAUUUGGGUCAAAUACAAGCACCACCAGGAUAUGGACCGGGUCCGAUCAGUCAUAACCGGGGCCCUCGGGGCUAUCUCCGGGGCGACGACGGUGUACGGAAGCCUUUCAAUUCAAUCACAGCCCUGAACGACUGGAUUAACCGUCGCAUAAUCUUGCGAAAGCAGAACGAGUCUGUCGAUUUUGGCUCCUACCCGCUUGUCCUAUGCCACAUGGACCUUUGUCGCCGGAACAUGAUCCUCGGCGACGACGGGAAUGUGUAUCUACUUGAUUGGGGCCAUGCAGGAUUCUUUCCGCGCUUCUAUGAAGUUGCGACACUGUCUUGUCUGAAUCCGUAUGAUGAGGAUUACGAAAAGCCUUUGAUAGAAGCUGUGAAGUCCCUGCUGCGAAUGACGGAGGAUGAGAAGUGGGAUAUGAGAAUGGUGCUUUAUGCGCGUGCGGCGAGCUUGAGAUGGACGUUCCCAGAGGAUGAUGGCGAGAAUGAUGAACCGGCUCCUGGCCCUCCUCCAUUGGGGACUCCGCCACCCCUGCUGAUUCCAGAAGUUUGA